GUAAUUUAAAUAUCAAAUAUCAAGAGAUAAAGAUAAAUAUUAUCAUGCUUUAAAUUAGUUUGGCUGAAAUUCAAAUCCCUUCCUUUUAUCACCAUUAAGAAAAUUAUAAGUUCAUUUUUACCUAAUGCAUUGUGUGUAGGUUUGAUUUUGUUGGAUUGCAAUGGGAAGUAAUGGACGGAGCUGGGCAGAUCAAUGGGGAACAAGCAGUUUUGGCAGUGAAGAUGAUGAUGGCAAGCUCAUGAACAAGAAAGCAAGCGGCAGCAGCGGAAAGAAGAUAGCGGAAGUGAAAGCAGCAGCUUCUGUGGGGUUGGACAAGGCCAAGGAGGCUGCUGCAACGGGUGCACAAAAGGUGAAAAGUGGAACAUCCCUAGGGAUCAAAUGGGUCAAGAAUCAGUACCAGAAAAAGAUGUCUUCCAAAUGAACCAGUGCCUACAAGCUAGAUGUGGUACAAGUGGAAGUGUUUCUUUAAAGUAAUUCAGCCUUUGUAAGGAAAGACUAUUUUCUUGUCUUAUGUUCCAUUUCCAAGUGAAUACAAUGGCACAAAGUUGGGUCCAACUGGAUUGUUAGGCUUGUUUGUUCAGGUUAUAACAAAUGAAUUCCAUAUUUUCUUUUCAAGUUGAGCUUUAUCAAUAAUGGGACUUUUUUGGC